UCUGGCUCAGUCCAUACUGACAGCAUUAAGACAGCUGAUGUAUUUAUACUAAUUGAUAAUUGUCGAAGAAAUCUUAAAAUGUAUAUAUUUACUAAAUAUUCGAAUUAUAAACAAGUUCACCAAAUUUUUCUGUCGUGGCCCUGGCAACAUGGGAACAGCUGAUUUAUUUUACUGGAUUGAAAAACAAUCUCUCAAUGACAAAGCCUCUCACAAUUUCAAAAUAUUUGACACUACAACAUAGUCGUCGAUGCUUACUGCCCUGGCCCUGGCAGCAUUGGCGGGAUGUCAAUUUUUCGCGCGAUAUGGUAUCUCCCAAAAAAUCUCCGCAAGUGUCGCCGGCAAAAUGUUACGGAACUGCUAUGAAGGCUUCCCCACAAAAACAACUGGAUAAAAAGAUGGUGACGUUGGCUGUGAAGGAAAAUGUAUUCAGCAAGUUGUCGCCAAAGAAAAAGACGUACACGAACCGAGAUGAGAAGCAGUAUUUGGAUCUGGUAGAUCGGAUCAUUGAAACUGGUGAAUUGCGUAUGGAUCGUACCAAAGUUGGAACUCUAUCAAUUUUUGGCACCCAAAUGCGCUUCGAUUUGCGGGAAUCGUUUCCCCUGCUGACCACCAAGCGAGUCUUCUUCCGUGGUGUUGCCGAGGAGCUGCUCUGGUUUGUGGCCGGCAAGACCGAUGCCAAGCUGUUGCAGCAGCGGAAUGUCCACAUCUGGGAUGGCAAUAGUACGCGCGAAUUUCUUGAUAAAUGUGGACAUACAGAGCGGGCUGUUGGGGAUUUGGGUCCAGUCUAUGGAUUCCAAUGGCGUCACUUUGGGGCAGAGUAUCGUACCUGUGAUGAUGACUAUACUGGACAAGGGGUUGAUCAAUUGCAGGAGGUUAUUGACAAAAUACGCAAUAAUCCCGAUGAUCGACGCAUCAUAAUGAGCGCGUGGAAUCCGUUGGACAUACCCAAGAUGGCACUGCCCCCUUGCCACUGUCUGGCGCAGUUCUAUGUGUCACAAUCCAGAGGUGAACUCUCCUGUCAUUUGUAUCAGCGUAGCGCUGACAUGGGACUGGGUGUGCCCUUCAACAUUGCCUCCUAUGCACUGCUCACCUACAUGAUUGCCCAUGUGACCGGACUGAAGCCUGGUGACUUUGUCCACACCAUGGGUGAUACCCAUGUCUAUCAGAAUCAUGUUGAGCCGCUCAAAGAGCAACUGCAGCGGGAGCCACGUCCCUUUCCCAAGCUCAACAUCAAGCGGCAGAUUACUAACAUUGAGGAUUUCCGCUACGAGGACUUUGAAGUUGUUGACUAUAAUCCGUAUGGCAAGAUUCAAAUGGACAUGGCCAUUUAAACUUAUUAUUAACAUGUAUUUUAAUCUCAAUAAAAUUAAUUUAAGAAAAUC